AUGUUUUAUAAUCGAAUUCCAAAAGCACUUCCAAUUUUGCUUGGUUUACCUGAUGAUCCAAAACCAAAAUUUAUUUGGAUGAAAUUAGGAGAAGAAUAGUAAUCAAUGAUUUAAGGGAGAUUAACAAAAAGGACAUUUACAAGUAAUCCUUAACAAAAUAUAAAAUAAACAAAGGGAAAUAUAAGUUAUAGAACUAGUGUUAUUAAUAAUGAUUAAUUGUAGAGAAAUCAAUCACCUAAUAAUUCAUCUAAUAUGAUUUACUAUGAAGAAUUCAAUAUUGAAGUUAAGGAAAACAUUUGUAAAUAAAACUAUAUACCAAUAAAAAAUGUUUCAGAAUUAUAGGAAAGUCUAAAGAAUUUAAAAUAUAAAUAUGAUGCAAAUCAUCCAAGAGAUUAUGAAAUUUUUGGAGGAUUCGAAGGAUGUAACGUUUAAGAAAUCUAUUAUUGCAAGAAUGACACAGUUAAGAUUGUAUUGAAAUCAGAUACAAAUUCUCAUGGUUUUUGUAAAUGGUUCUCUUUGGGUUUAAAAAUUUAUGCAUUUAAAGAAAUGAGUAUAAAAGUCAAUAUAAUAAAUUUGAGAGCAAUAGAAAAGAAUAGAGAAGUGCAUAUAUUGAGACUUUCUGAUAAUCAUGAAUACUUUGUUCCUUCUCAUUAUUCAUUUACAAAUAUUAAACGUAAGGAUCAUUAUUUUGCAUAAUGUUCAUUUGAAGUAAAGUCUUCUUAUGAAAGUUAUAUAAUAAGUUUUUAAAAACCAUUUUCGUACAAUUAGUUAAAAGAAAAUGGAUAAUAUGGAUAAUUAGGAUUAUCUAGGUUAUAAUAUCCUAUUUAUUAUUGGGUAUAGAAAUUUAAUGGUCCACUUAUUUUAAUAGUAGCUCGUAUUAGACCAGUAGAUUCAAAUACAUCAUAUUUAGCUGAAGAAUUGAUCAAGUAAUUAAAAUAAACAUAAUUAAAUGUGAUUGUGGUACCAAUGCUCAACCCAGAUGGCGUUGUGUUAGGUAAUUCUAGAUGUAAUUUGAGUGGAAAAGACUUAAUUUCAAAUUAUUAAUUUACCAAUCCUAGUCUGUGUCCAGAAAUAAAAAGUGUUUUAGGAAUAGAGAAUGUGUAAAUUGCAAUGUAAAUAUGCUAUUUAUUGGCAGUGAGUUGAGAAUGCACGAGAAACCUCAUGUGGUGAGUUCGAUGAAAUUUAAUUGUGGAUUACCAUAAAGAAGAAGGAAUUUAGAAAUUCAUGAUAUUAGUACUAAAUAUCAGAAAUAUGUUAAGAUAUUCAUCAGUUAAAAUUAAGUGAAUUAUUAAGAGUAGGCAUCGCUUAUCAUAAAGGCUUUAUAAUAAAUUCAAUAAUAGAAUCCUGAUAACAUAAGUUAUAAAAGUGAAACAGAUCAUGAAGAUGAUAUUUUGGACAAUUUCUAUUAUAAUUCUCAAUCAAAGGAUUAGUAGAAUACAAUAUAGUUAUAAUAAUCAUAUUAAUAAAAUCUCAAUCCAUAAACAUAAUUGUAAGAAUUAUUAUAAACUAUUAAUCCUUCAAUUAAAGAGUAAGAAUCAGUAAAUCAAUUAAGAAAUCUAGAAUGGAAAGAUUUGACACAUCGUUCUGAAUUGUCAAAUGGAAAAAUAAAAACAUAAAUAACUCCAAGUAAAGAUAUUCAACAUAGCUUUUUUGAAAAACAAUUAAUUAAAAGAUAAUCAAAUUAUCAUUAACAUUCUGAAUCUCAUUCAUAAAGCCAUUAAGAUAAAAUUAUUUUAAAGAGCCCCUUUUUACCUAGCAGAGAAUAGAUUUUUGAAAAGUACUCAAAUUUAUCAAGGAGUCCAAGCAAUAAAAGAAAAACUUUAUCACAAGCUAAAUUAUAAACACUUACAUAAUAUUAAGUUUUUAAAUAUAAUAGGCAAAAAUAAUGA